AUGUCCCUAGACGAUCAGCAAACUAUGCGUCAUCACUGUGGUCAUUUGAUCAUAGUCAAUCACUGUCUACUGAAUAUGGCCGUCUUUGAAAAUGCUAAAAAAAAUGGCCCUGGGAAUAUUGAAAAUCUGGUUCAAAAACUCACAAGGCUCAACUCAACUCACGAUGAAGCACACACCAAUUACAUUGCAUCUCUCUGUGAAAACACAAAGCCCGGUGAUCGGUAUAUAUCCAAGAUUCUAUUAGCUUCCGGGCUCCUACUAAGAGACCUCAGGUCAAACCUCACCACCUUCCAGUUCCACUCUUCGGGCCACCCGAUAAACCCUGAGCUAUUUCUGGUAUUGGAACAAACCAAAUUCAGCAACACACCCGAAAAGAUCAUCAAAAAGGAAAAAUUCCACAGGAAGCUUAUUUUCGACGCUUUUAAUGAGAUUCUUGCAGGAAAGUUAGCUUUAGCGGUUCCUUUUCAGAAGUCUUUUAAGCUCGUGAAGAAGACGCUGAAUGGACAAAAGCUUUUGAGGGAUUUAUGUUUAGAGAUAGAACAGUUACAAGCGAAAAAGAAUAAGGAAAACAUCAGUUUAGAGGAGGAAGACGACGGGUUGAAAAGUGUUUUAUGGGAGGAAGUAUUGAAUCGCGCAGAAAGCUGGACCGAUUAUGAUGGUGAGUUGUCGGUUCUUGCAUUGGAGGUUGAAAGAUUAAUUUUUAAAGAUUUGGUUAAUGAAGUUUUUUUGGGUGAGGCUGCUGAUGGUAGGCGAAUUAAGCCCGGAAGACGUUGCAGACGGUUGUUUUCAAAGUAGUGUUUUUUUGUUGUUUACACUGUUGUUGACAUUCGGUUUUCUUUUCGGGUUCUGUUUC